AUGGUCCACAUCGCGCCUUUUGAAGUGACAGCAUGGGUCGAUGAGCACGCACACGGUGUGAAGCAUGACCUGGCUGGAUCAGUCUGCGCUCCGCUGUCCAUCAAGGAUCUUAUUGAGCUCUCUAAACAGAGAGAUGAAACCAGAAGAGCCCUCGACUUCAAUUUAAUCGACUUGGACUACAACAGCCCUAUGCAAGGUGGCUACAAGUUGAGAGACAAUCUGGCGGCGCUCUACUCAAGACCGGCUCACGGUGACCGCCAACACACUGUGACGCGCGAGAACAUCCUCACCUGCAACGCUGGGAUCGACGCCAACCACAUUGUGAUCGCGGGACUCAUCGGACCUGGAGAUCAUGUCAUCUGUCACUACCCAAUCUAUCAACAACUUUACGAAGUCCCUCGUUCCCUGGGCGCAGAGGUCUCGUUUUGGAAAUGCGAACCAGCCAACGAUUGGAAAUUGGACGUCGGGGUGCUUAGAUCACUGCUCAAAGACAACACCAGAAUGAUCAUUCUCAACGUGCCCCAGAAUCCAAGCGGGGCCAUCAUUCCUCAAUGGCAACUUGAGGAGGUCGUUGGCUUGGCACGGGAAAGGGGGAUUAUUGUUUUUUGUGACGAGGCAUUUCGACCGUUGUUUCAUGGUAUCUCGUCCUCCCAUCCCGACUACCCCGAUUCCAUUGUGAACUUGGGCUACGAGAAAGUUGUUGCAACGGGCACCAUGAGCAAGGCAUUCAGCCUGCCCGGGAUUCGAGCAGGCUGGAUUGUAUCUACAGAUUCGCAGAUCGUCAGCACUUGCUUCAAGAUGCGAUACUACACCACCACGACAGUUUCGCAACUCAAUGAGGCUGUUGCAUCAGAGGCUUUGGAUGACAGAUGCUGUUGGUAG